AUGAACGGAUUCAUCACUUCUCGAGAGUAUAAAACCAACCUCACUCUUUCUUAUUCCCAGGAUUCACUUUAUUACUAUUCGAAAGGGCUAUUCAACUACACACUUAAUUUACAAACCGUUGAUUUAUCAGAAAACAAGAGUCUUCAAUUGAAAAUCAGCAACAAUAAAACAGACGUUUUGAAUAUUGUGUACACCUCAUCAAACCCACCAAUUUUGAAAACGGUCUUAAGUGGAGUUGGAAACGAGAUGGAUGUCUUUUAUACGGCAGAUUAUGAUUCUAAAAAACGCGGAUUUUAUAUUGAUUUCACUGCUACAAAAGUCAAAGAGUCCGCUGCUAAAACUUAUGGUCUCAUUGUGAUUUUUGGAAUUCUCUGGGCUGGAUUUUUCUGA